AUGUCUUCACAUCCACUUGUGUGGUGUUGGGUUCCCUCAACUUCUCCAUCGACUAUGAUGUUAGAACUUGCCGAGCGUUCAUUUAAGGACAAUUUUAUUCUCAUCCACAGAGUGAAAAUCGCCAAUUUGAGCCAAAGUGAGCGGGAAAAUGUGAAAGGAAUAUUAUGCAGUAGGUUUGAACAUUCAAAAAUGAGAGUGAACAGAGAAAUUAUGGACCUGCUGCCAAAUUUAAAAGUGAUCAGCACUUCAAGCGCAGGUGUGGAUCACAUUGAUGUAGAGGAAGCUACUGCACGUGGAAUUCGUGUAGGUUAUGUUCCGGGCCAUUUUACAAGUGAUUCCGUCGCAGAGUUUGCUCUUGGUUUGCUGUUGGCAUCUGCGAGGUCAAUUGUUCUUGCAAACGAAAUAGCAAAGUCAUCUGAUGCAGCACAAUCAGCGGUAAGAUUGUGUCCUCUAUCUCAAAAAGACUCUGACGGCUUACAGAAAUUUCUGAAAGACUUCUGAGGGUUGAAAGAAAUUUCUGGAUUAUUUUCAAAAUUGUAUUGAUUGGUGUAAUUUUUCCCAAAAUGCACAGAUGAAGAUAAAUAAUUUAAAUGGGUGGAUUUAUAAGUCAAGCACUUGAAAUUGUCCAGUUUGCAUGUAGCGAUGAAUGGUCAUUCUUGUUGACACUAAUGUGGUGGGACUAGUAUUUGAAGAGCAGAUUGAUGCAGAGUCACGAGUCUCUCCUGAAACAGAUAUAUGAUAUACAGCUAAAUAACUUGUGUGGCAUUUUUUGUUUGAAGUCUAAUCUAGUGUCAGUGAGUUAGCCCAUUUUGGUUGGGGGGGAGGAGUUGAGUUCAUUGAGUUUUUGAGUGUCUGUUACAUAAACAGCAGUCUAUAAGGUAAUUUCAGGUAUUUGGUAUUAAAGUGAUUCUUGAGUAUCACACCAGAAUAAUUGAUGAGAAGCUAACUUUAUUUUACUAGAAUAUUUCUCGCUGGAUUCCUCCAUCACAAGUGACUGGUUCAACUCUUGGCCUUGUUGGUUUUGGGAACAUUGGAAGAGCAAUUGCUGAGAGGGCUAAAGGAUUCAAAAUGAACAUUUUAUAUCAUUGUCGGACAAGGAAAGAAGAGCUGGAAAUAUAUUCAGGUAACAAUUGAUGUGGAUCAAGGUGAUUUUCAGGGUAACUUUGUACUCUCUAAAAGUCUACAAUAACUUAAACUAAGCCAAGUUCACACAAUUGUGGCUGUGGGGUCUCAAUGGUGAUUAUAUUCUUCAAAAGCAUUGUCUCAAAUCAGUCACCUUUUUAUAUCUAAGAGGUAAUGUUUGAUCCCACAAACCCCCCCACUUGUUCCAGGAUAAUUGGUAACCAUAAACAUUUAUGAGGUGGUGAGUGAAUUAAACUGAAAGACAGUGGGAAGGGUCCUUGAAAAAGAAAUGGCCACAUCCCUAAAUUUCUUGCUUACUUAAAUCUGAAUUUGUGUGAGAAUAAGUUACGGUUUCUGUAAUUGUAAGUAGGGUUUAAACCUCGUGUACAAUGUAAGCCUGAAUUGUUAUUUUUUUGGCUUCUUAUUCCAUGUCUUAUAGUGGAGAUAGAGGCUAUAUGUAGUUACAGGCCUCAAUUGAACCUACAUAUUGUCAUAAACCCCAAUUGAGGAACAUCAUCACAAGAUGGGUACACUAUGGUAUUUCUUACUUAUUUUUGUUUCUUUUCUCCAUAAAAUUCAGGUGCUACAUUCUGUUUGGAAUUAAAGGAGCUCUUGACAGCAUCUGACUUUGUUGUUCUGAGCUUACCAUUGACCCCUGAAACAACCAAUUUCAUUUCAGCAGAGGAACUUAGUAUUAUGAAGUCUACAGCAACACUUAUUAAUGUAGGUCGUGGAGGAACUGUCAAUCAUGAUGAUCUUACUGUGGCAUUACAGAAGGGUGUUAUAAAAGCUGCAGCAUUAGAUGUCACAGAUCCACCAGUUCUUCCAAGGGACCACCCACUAUUAAACAUGUCAAAUGUAAUUAUUACCCCUCAUAUUGCAUAUUUGACAACCAAUGUUCAACAACUACACUGUUGGACUUCACUGGAUAAUUUAAAGGCUGGUGUAAAAGAUGAAGAGCUUCUUUACUCAGUAAACUGAAAGAGGAAAUUAAGUGAAUGCAUGGAUGCAAACUCUAAUGAUUGUUUGAUUGAUCGAUAACUGUAUUCAUGCACUGUUAAAAAUUCCCAUCCACUAGACUCUGAAAACAGCUAAUUAUCAUUCAUUAUCAUUAUUAUUAUCAAAAAUAAUAGAAUUUGAUUUAACUCCUUGGAAUUUAUCAUUUAGCCAGUAUGUAAUUUUUUGACAGGGUGUAUGGCUGUUGAUGUCACUGUAGGUCUUAUUGGGUUUAUUUAAUUUAGAUUGUGACUUGAAAUCCCCAGAUAUUUUAACAGUUUUUUUUAUUAUAUGCACAACAGCAGAUGCUAUUGCUAGUGAUUCAUGAAUUUAUCUUAUUCCUGACCAGUUAUCAGGAACAUUUUUGAACACAUGCAAAAAAGUUACUGGAGAUUACUAUUCCCAAAAAUACUUUAAGAUAUGUUACAAUGACUGGCUAAACUUGCAAAAGAUGCUUUAGCAAGUGCUCAAGUUUGUGUCUUCAGUCCAUAAAACUCUACUCCUGGUAACUACAGCUAGGAAUAAAUAAACCUCAGCAUACUAUUUAUGUGCUGACUUUUCUGACCUGUCUUUUCACUGUGUUAACCCUUUAACUUCCAGAUCAAAGUUGUAAUUCUUCUUACUGUUAAUUAUACAAUUCUUAGAAUGUUAGUUCAGAGAAUUUAGCAUUGGAUCAAUUAAUUAUCCCCAAAUUGAUGUUUUUCUUUAUU